AUGGAAUCCGAACAAAUGGAAGUUGACGAUACUUCGUCCAAGAAGUACAUUGCUCAAGGUGGUGUGCCAAGUGUCACAGUCUCGCUCCAUCCACUAGUGAUAAUGAACAUUUCUGAACACUGGACUCGGGUAAGAGCUCAAGAAGGUGAAGCUAAACAAGUGGUUGGUGCUCUGAUAGGAAAACAGAAAGGAAGAAAACUCGAGAUUAUGAACUCGUUCGAACUCUUAUUGAGCAAAGUAGACAAUGAUAUGAUAAUAGAUAAAGCGUAUUACACUACUAAAGAAGAACAAUUCAAGCAAGUGUUCUGCGAUAUGGAUUUUCUUGGAUGGUACACCAGUGGUAACGAUUUACCCGAUGAAUCUGAUGUUAAGAAUCAUAAGCAAGCAUGCACGAUUAACGAAAGCCCUAUGUUGUUGAAACUUAAUCCUUACGCCGGUCAUACAGAUUUACCUAUCACAUUGUAUGAGUCUGUAAUCGAUCUCGUUAACGGGGAAGCUACAAUGUUAUUUGUUGAAGUUCCAUAUACAUUGGCUACAGAAGAAGCAGAGCGUAUCGGUGUUGAUCAUGUUGCUCGAAUGGCAAGCAGUGAUACCGGUGAAAAUUCUUUGGUCGCAGAACAUCUAUCAGCUCAAUAUAACGCUAUUAAAAUGUUACACACCAGAGUGAAAAUGAUCCUAGAAUACGUCAAAGCUGUGCAAAACAAGGAAUUACCUAAUAAUCACGAAAUUCUUAGGGAAUUAUCUUCGUUAACUCAUCGAUUACCCGUGAUGCAAUCUCCCAAGUUUAAUGCAGAAUUUUAUAAUCAGUGUAACGAUGUGGCACUUAUUACGUAUUUGGGAUCUAUUACUAAAAGUUGUAAUAAUAUGAAUCAGUUUGUGAAUAAAUUUAAUAUAUUGCACGAUCGACAAGGCUUGGGAAGAAAAGCUCGCGGGUUGUUCUUCUAAUAAAAUAUCGUUUUGGUUCUAUCCAAGUCGUUUUCCUCAGUUCCUUAGAAUGUCGAUUACACAACGUGUUUCUAAAUAUUUAAGAUGGUUUCAAAAAUGAAAAUGAAUAUCAACGUACCUACCACUCCUCCAGACCACUUCAGUCAGCUACUAGUUUGUCGUCAACGAAAUCAAGUCGAUACAUUUGAAAUAUUCUUAAAUUUAAAAAAAUGAAUAGGAAGAUGUAAGAUUGAUGUAAAUUUUUUAUUGUAAUGAAUACAUUUUUGUAGAACGUUCGUAAUAAAUUUUUCUAUAAAGUAA